GAAUUUAAAAGGCAAGAUUCAUAUGCUGUUGAUCUCAAAGUAUGUUCAGGCUAUCUGAAUGCUGACUCUGUACUCUUUGGGUCAAACCAUGGGAUAUCUUUGGCUAGUAGCCAAAGGGAUGAAUUGGGCAAUUUGGAUAUAUGGUGUCACUUCCUUUCUUUAUUUUUGAUACUCUGUGUGAUGAGAAAGGUGUCAUGGAGGAUGCAAAACUUUACUUGUAGAGACAGGAUUAAGUAUUAUGACAUAUCUGAUAGGACUAUUGGUUCUGAAAUUUGAACCAUUUCUUUUGAAUACAUUAUUUUUCGAUUUAAAACUGUUCUUCAUUUCUACCAAUAUUUGGUGGCUAGUAGCAGUUGCUAAUUUUCUUUUUGGCAAAAGGUUUUUGAUGGAAGGUGAUUGGUAUUUAAUAUUGCCAGGUAUAAUGAUCUUGUCCCGUACGACUCUCUUGAGCCCCUCUUUCUAUUACCCGAGUUUAAGUAUGAUUCAAGCUUUUUAUGUGUUUGCUUCUCAUUACGUAGGGCUCUUUGUAGUUUCAAUGCAAGAAACACGCGGUUCUCGGUUCUUCUUGCCUAGACAUAUGAGAUUAACUAAUUAUGAUCUCAUGAUACACACUUAUGCAAAAUCUUCGAGUAAGGAUCUAGUCCCAGAUUGAAGCAUUUGAUUGAAUCCUCUGGACCGUCCUGAGUUGGAAUACAAGAGCUCAUGGGCUGAUAAUUGGAAAAGUUAUCCAGACGGAACUUACAUUUUGGUUCCUUGAGAACACAUGUACCACCCAAACUGCCUACUCAAAAGACUUAGCCAAAACAACGAGCGUUGAAUUGUUUGCCAAUGGCGGUUAGUAAAAGAAACUUUUGAAGACUAGAUAACGAAUGCUGAAGACAUG